AUGUACUUCUUCCUGCUCAACCUCGCCCUCCUCGACCUGGGCUCCACCUCCACCAUUGUCCCCAAAUCCAUGGUCAACUCUCUGCACUACGGGACCCUCCUGGGCAGCAGAGCUUGUGUCCACAUGGCAGCAGCUGCCUGGGCCACUGGGUUUCUCACUGCUCUGCUGCACACGGCCAAUACAUUUUCACUGCCCCUGUGCAAGGGCAAUGCCCUGGGCCAGUUCUUCUGUGAAAUCCCCCAGAUCCUCAAGCUCUCCUGCUCACACUCCUACCUCAGGGAACUUGGGCUUCUUGUGGUCAGUGUCUUUUUAGUAUUUGUGUGUUUUGUGUUCAUUGUGGUGUCCUAUGUGCAGAUCUUGAGGGCCGUGCUGAGGAUCCCCUCUGAGCAGGGACGGCACAAAGCCUUUUCCACCUGCCUCCCUCACCUGGCCGUGGUCUCCCUGUUUGUCAGCACUGCCAUGUUUGCCAGCCUGAAGCCCCUCUCCAUCUCCUCCCCAUCCCUGGAUCUGGUGGUGUCUGUUCUGUACUCGGUGGUGCCUCCAGCAGUGAACCCCCUCAUCUACAGCAUGAGGAACCAGGAGCUCAAGGAUGCCUUGAGGAAACUACUUCGAUACUCACUACUUCAGGUUUACAAGAAAGACAUCGAUUUUGUUGAACCUGCAGUGGAACUGGAGCACAGGAUUGAUUUCGAGCUCAAGGAAGGUCUCGUGGAGAGCAGAUACUGGUCUGAAGUCACAUCGCACACUGCCUGCUGGUCAUCUAUGGAUAUCACUCUUGUCCUUCUAACCUUUGUGUGA